AUGGACUCCUUUGGGCAGCACAGGGCAGAAGAGCAGCCAACAGUCGUCAGCAGGAUGCAAAAGAAAUACUGGAAAACCAAGCAGGUCUUCAUCAGAGCGACGGGCAGGAAGGAGGACGAGCACGUGGUGGCGUCCGACGCGGACCUGGAUGCUAAACUUGAGGUUUUUCACUCCAUUCAAGAGACAUGCACUGAACUUCUGAAGAUAGUCGAGAAAUAUCAGCUAAGACUCAAUGUUAUAUCAGAGGAAGAAAAUGAGCUAGGCCUCUUUUUAAAGUUUCAAGCAGAACGGGAUGCAACUCAAGCUGGCAAAAUGAUGGAUGCCACUGGCAGAGCACUCUGUUCUUCAGCCAAGCAAAGAUUGGCCCUGUGUACUCCCCUGUCUCGUCUUAAGCAAGAAGUGGCCACGUUCAGCCAAAGGGCAGUGUCUGACACCUUGAUGACAAUUAAUCGGAUGGAGCAGGCACGCACAGAAUACAGAGGCGCUCUGCUGUGGAUGAAAGAUGUAUCCCAAGAACUGGACCCAGAUACCUUAAAACAAAUGGAGAAGUUCCGAAAAGUACAGGUCCAAGUGAGAAAUAGCAAAGCUUCUUUUGACAAGUUAAAGAUGGAUGUUUGUCAGAAAGUGGAUUUGCUUGGAGCUAGUCGCUGCAAUAUGUUAUCCCAUUCACUCACUACCUACCAGAGAAUACUACUUGGAUUCUGGGAGAAAACAGCUCGAAGCAUGUCCCAGAUCCAUGGGACCUGCGCUGUCUGCCAUCCAUGUGAUUUUGUAGCACUCAAGCGACUACAAGACACUCCAAGCAAGCUUAUUGAAGACCACAAAGAAGAACAAACAGAAAGCAGCUUUCUUAGCAAAAACCUCCACAAGUUAGCAUUGUCAGAUGAGGAAGUGAGCUUAGGGAAUGAGCCAGCAGUUGCAAAAGAUCUGCCUGUGGAUUCACUGGAAGGAGAAGAUUUUGAGAAGGAAUUCUCGUUCCUGAACAGCAUCCUGAGCCCCAGCUCCUCGGGCACGGGUGAAUCCCCCCCGGAGGGCCAGACGACCUCUGGGAGCCCCCGUGCCAGCCUCGCACCCCAGGAGUCUCCCGUGGGGCCCGAGCCUCUCGCUCACGCGUCUCAGUUCCUCCCCUCCCAGCUCUUUGACCUUGGCCUCCAUGCUGCCGGAGCGUUCAACAGCUGGGUCCAAGAGCGAUCAGAACUUCCUCUUUUACACAGUGAUAACCAGCCAGUGCCUUCACAGAGUCCAAAGAAAUUAACAAGAUCUUCCAAGAAUGGGAACCGAGACAUGUCAGCCUGGUUCAGUCUAUUUGCAGACUUGGAUCCACUUUCAAACCCGGAUGCUAUUGGACACUCAGAUGAUGAGCUUCUCAAUGCUUGACUGAAGCUGUGUCAUUCAUGGCCUUGAGACAUCAAUUUUGCAACAUAUUGCCUUUGUGGAAAGGAAUUUCUUUGUAACCCACACACAAAAUUAUGGUGUUUGUGAAUAUAACACCUCUCGGCCAACUUUAGACAGAUGGUAAGGACUGCAUUUGAAUAGAUUCAGUAUAUCAUUAAUAGCUUGAAUUGGUUUUAUGUGGAAAAUGUUAGAAAUCACGGAGGCUGCAAUACUCAGAUACCAACGUUUUUGUCACAAUGACAGCUCGGGAUAAUUCUGUCAAUAGGAGUUGAAGUUAUUUCUUUGGAAAGAUGUUUAAGUUGUCUUGCUGGUGUGAAUUCUGUAUGUGGAUAAGAUAGCAUGAAAUUGGGUUGUGGUUUGGGGGCUGGUUUUUAAAUAGUAAGGGGGGGGGAUGUCUUGUUAUAGAAAACAGC